GCGCAAAAGUGAUAGCACAUAUCUUUGUGCCAUUGGACGCAGACUUAUUCUUCUAGUGGAAUUUCAUCAUUAGCUGCGGCCUUUUCUCAACAUUUGCUCAUCCUAUGGGGAGACCAGAGAGUGGGGACGAGACCAGCGACGCCAACAAAUGUGUGGAACACUCCUCAUCGAUUUCUGCCGACGCACACCCUGAGGAGACAAUAUCGGAACAACAAGAUCCACAGCUGCCACCUAAAUUGACACCGACUGAUGCGGAACCUACUGUGGAAACUGUCAAUCCGCCAAUUCAAAAUGGUGUAGAUGGCCAAACAGAGUACUUUGUGUCCAAAACAGCCUCUGAAGAUCAUGGGGUUUAUAAUGCUAAUGGAGUUGCCGAAAACAAAGUUGACGGUGGUGAAAAAUCCAUCUUUGAUAUAGAUCUUUCCAACCUCCCAUAUCCUCCGGGAAGCACAAUUCCGCGACGUCAAGAAGAACAAAAGCCACAAGUGCCAGAACCGCCGUGUUCUAAGGGACCAAGAAUGACCAAAGAAUUUUUGAAGAAGCAGUGUGCUAAGCACAAGCUAUACCAAACGCCACAUUUGAACGAUAUCCUCUACCUUCAUUUUAACGGUUUCUCCAAAAUUGAAAACUUGGAAGAAUACACAGGUCUACGAUGUCUAUUUCUCGAGGUUAACGGGAUAGAAGAGCUAUCAGGUCUGGAGCAUCAGAAGGAGCUUCGAUCGCUUUAUCUAUCAAAGAACCUUAUCCGUCGCAUCGAGAAUUUGGAUCAUAUGCAACACCUGGACACCCUGGACGUGAGCAACAAUAUGAUAUGCAAAAUAGAAAACCUUGAUAUGCUGCCCAAAUUCACCCGUCUGGUCAUAGCGCACAACCGCCUGACAGAAGUAGAGGAUUUGAUUCAUGUGAUCAAUUGCCCCCAACUGUCAGUUCUGGACUUGCAGCACAAUCGCAUCAAGGAUCCAUCCGUCGUGGAAGAAGUGUUUGCAAAAAUGCCCUCGUUGCGUGUGUUAUAUAAUCAAGGCAAUCCAUUCAUUCGCGAGGUCAGAAACUAUCGGAAGAAGGUCAUAAACCUGUGUAAAAAUCUAACCUACCUUGAUGACAGACCAGUCUUUCCAAAGGACAGAGCCUGUGCUGAAGCCUUUUUUGAAGGUGGUCUGGAUAUGGAAACAAAAGUACGCGAGGAAUGGAAUGCCAGAGAACAACAGAAGAUCAUUGACAGCUGCAACUGGCUGCGGGAAAGACGACAAAUCAUAGAGGCGCGAAGAAGAGAAACGGAACUUCGAGAAGCUGCCGAAGCAAAAGGUCUGCCCUCCGAUAACAUUCAUGUCAAUCCUGGAGAUAUCGAUUGGCUGUAUGGAGACCAGCGCGGGGAUGGGGCGACUUCGGAUACCGACACCGACGAAAGUGAACGCAACGAUCCUGCAGUAACAGGGCUCCAAAUUUCCGUGAGCGACGAACUCAACGGAGCGUCAACACUCGGUGCGGGUGAUUCCGCUGAUGCAUCGCACAUGGAAUCUCAUUCGAAUUUGUUUAUAGCCGAUGUGCAAAACCACGCACGUUCGCCUGAGUCGCACAAGUGCAGAUCAGAUUUGGAUGACGCGCAAGAUACAUUUGAUGACAAACCGAAAGUGGUGGAGUUUAACCCGGAGAAUACUCAUGAAAGCUGUGGCAGUACAACAGGAGAGUGUGAAACAAACAAUAGCAACGGUGGAUCGGAUGGGACCGAAUUCGUACCAUUCGCCCAGUGCUACAGUGAUCAACUAAACAGGGACUGUGGAACUCGGGACCGUCAGGUUCACUCUGAGGAUUUAGAAGAAAUCGCACUAUCGAAACCUAAACCCGAGGAGUUGACCUGGAUGUCCUCGAAGGAAACAGCACUGAGAAGACAAGAAGGCAGUGACUCUGUCUUCGGUCAUUCAAGGAGGCCAAACCUUUCAGCUCCACAACCGUUUAUGCAACAACUGAUGCUAGUCAACAAUUCCAAUGAGCGAGGCGCUGCAGAUGAUGAGGAUUCCCUCUCAACUUUCUGCCUAAGUGAACAUUCAGAAAAGGCGCACGGUGAGAGAAAUGAAGCGGAAUUGACAAAGAAAGAGUGUAACUGGGUGCAAGAGCAAGAGAAUACCUCGCCCCCACGAAGUACGAGCCGAAGUCCGCUCCACAGACAGCUAGUGUGUGAAAUCGACGAAGUCGUGGAAAAACCACUCAAUGGAGGCAUUAAUGAAAAACUCCAGGAAUUUGGCAUCGAAACCGAAACUGGCAGUUGUGACGAUACGAACGAUAUAUUGUUCCCAAAGAAAUGCACGCAUAAUCUUCAGGACAAGUCAGUUAAUCGGAGUGCACCGACCGAUGAAACAGAUGAUAAUUUGGAGGAGUUCAUCGUUUUAUCUGAAGGCGAGCGCAUGAAUUUCGACAUGAAAGCACCACAGGACAAAACUGGGAAGCCUGAACCUCGAUGCCUGCAUUGGAGCGAAGACCGACUGGCAAACGAAGCAAAGGAUUCAACAUUGCCGGUUGACUUGGAGCAAAACAGAUGCACACUACUCAGAAACGAUGAAUCAAACAAGAAGGAUACUCAGUUAAAAGAAACUAUGUGCGGUGCUGGAGCAGACUCAGAGGAAAAUGUUGGCGAUACGCCAUAG